UGGAAGAUCGACGACAAGCCGGUAAAAAUCGACAAAUGGGACGGCUCAGCCGUGAAAAAUUCUUUGGACGAUUCUGCCAAAAAGGUUCUCCUGGAGAAGUACAAGUACGUGGAAAAUUUCCGUUUGAUCGACGGUCGCCUCAUCAUCUGCACAAUCUCGUGUCUCUUUGCCAUUGUAGCUUUGAUUUGGGAUUACCUGCACCCUUUUCCCGAAUCCAAACCCGUCCUUGCCUUUUGUGUCGUAUCGUAUUUUGUCAUGAUGGGGAUCCUGACUAUCUAUACCUCCUACAAAGAAAAGAGCAUUUUCCUCGUGGCUCACAGAAAAGACCCCGCAGGGAUGGACCCCGACGACGUCUGGCAGCUCUCCUCCAGUCUCAAAAGGUUUGACGACAAGUACACCCUGAAGCUGACUUUCAUCAGCGGGAGAACCAAACAGCAGAGGGAGGCCGAGUUCACCAAAUCCGUGGCGAAAUUCUUCGACGACAACGGGACGUUGGUCAUGGAGGCCUACGAGCCGGAGGUGUCCAAGCUCCACGAUAGUCUGGCCCUGGAGAGGAAAACCAAAUGAUUUCCCGAUCCCGCCUGCCUCCUGGGAACGUGCUCAAUUAACACCAAUAAAUCAAGUAGCAAAGAAA